AUGGGAGAUGCCAAGGCUGGUGACUGGCCAUGGCAUGUAGCUAUACUGAUAAGGAGUGAAAAAAAAAAUCUCGCCAACUACCAAUGUGGAGGAAGUAUUAUUUCUAGUACCGCCAUUCUCACUGCUGGGCAUUGUGUUUUCAUAAAUGGGACACGUAUUGAAACUGAAAAACUUGUAAUCGAAGCUGGUGUGGUCGAUCUCAGAGCAAAAGACCAAAAAGGAAAACAAAUACUAAACGUUGACAAAGUGAUCUUGCACCCCGACUACAGUAUAGAACACGCUACUUCAGAUCUCGCUAUUCUUGUGGUCAAUAAACUACGGUACACUGAAUAUGUCCAACCAAUUUGUAUUUGGGGGCCAGUGUAUGACAAAAUAACGCUCUUUGGGCGGACAGCUAUGAUGACUGGGUUUGGAACAACAGAAAAAGACGUACUCUCAAACACUCUUAGAUCUGCGUACACCACUAUACAAAAUGACACCACUUGCAUUGCGUUCAACCAAAAUUUAUAUUCCACAUUGCUAAAUGAAUUCACAUUUUGUGCUGGUUUGGGACCCGAAGUUGGAGUGAAUCCUCGUAAUGGCGACAGUGGCGGUGGCUUAGCGCUACCAAUAGUUCGAGAUGACAACAAAGUGACCUGGUUUCUGCGAGGUGUUCUGUCCAAAUGUGGCUUACCUACCGGUCACAAAUUAUGCUCUCCUAAUUUCUACGUAGUUUACACAGAUGUUGCUCCUCAUUACGGCUGGAUAUACCAUAAUGCGGGAUUACAUUUUUCAAGUAAUAUCGUUUAUUGA